UUGCUAAAUAAUUUGAUGUAAAAAUGUGAGUUUUGCAAUCAGAAAACCAAAAAUGCCAUCCUUAAACUCUGCUGCAGCAGCGGUAACCCUUGCGAUGCUGAUAGUAACAUUCAGGUACAGUGUGUAUGGUGAUGAACACCAAGAGUCAUGUUCUCGAUGGUGCGGUGUUCAUAACAUCAGGUCUCCUUUCCGCUUGAAAGACAGUCCUAAAAAGUGUGGUGACAAAAGAUACAUCUUAUCAUGUGAGGACAACAACCAGUUGAUUUUGUACUAUGAAUUUGGAAAAAACCAUGGUAAAUUUUAUGUACAAUCAAUUAAUUACAACAACUACACUAUACGACUAUUGGAUGUCAAUUUUGGUUACUCUAAUUUUACCCUCCCUCCCCAUUCACUAGGCCUCUAUAAUUUCACUUACACAUAUUCCAUAAGCUUGCCGUACGAAAUGUAUGUGUACAAUAUAUUAUUGGCAAAGCCUGUGUUAUAUAUGAGAUGUCCGAAUCAUGUCCAAUAUUCUUCUGGUAUUUACUUUGCUUCUCCGGCCUGUAUGAACAUUAGUACAUAUGAGCAACCAGGGAAUUCGUUCUACGUCAAUUAUAUUGGAGAAAACGAAACUUUUUCGGAUUCGGGGCUGGCAGACGGUUGUGGUAUCGUGCUUAUGUAUCUCACAUCUUUGGAUAUUCAAAAUAACAACAACCACAACAAAAACAACAACAUUUCAUGCACAGACAUCCGUCGUGAGAUCUUUUAUGGAUUUGAACUUUCUUGGCUCAACAGUUUUUGUAAAGAUGGAUGGUAUGCAGACCUCGAUGACAAUAACACCUAUGUCUGUGUAGAAGACCUCCAUUUGAACUUUGGAGAAUACUCGGCGCUUCAAAAGGUUGCUUGGAAUCUCGUUUAUAUCUCAAUUCUCAUAGCUUUGCUCGUCGGUUUUAAAUUUGUUCUUGGAGCGCCAUGUAUCAUUGCAUUAUUAAUCUACAAAUGGAGACGGAAACAUUUCUCUAUGUAUGACGGCGUCGAAGACUUUCUACGAAGUGACAAUAACAUCAUGCCUAUAAGGUACUCUUACAAAGACAUAAAAAAGAUAACACACCAGUUCAAAACAAAAUUAGGCAAUGGAGGUUAUGGAUCUGUUUUCAAAGGACAACUUCAAAGUGGUCGUCUUGUAGCAGUUAAAUUAUUGGACAAAGCCAAGUCCAACGGUCAAGAUUUUAUCAAUGAAGUUGUCACCAUCGGUAGGAUUCACCAUGUUAAUGUGGCACACCUUAUUGGUUUUUGUGUGGAGGGUUCAAAACGUGUUCUUAUAUAUGAAUUCAUGCCAAAUGGAUCACUCGAAAAAUACAUAUUUUCUCAUACAAAAGAGAAUUAUUCCUUAAGUUGCGAACAAUUGUAUUCAAUUUCUCUUGGAGUGGCUCGUGGCAUUGAGUACUUGCACAAUGGAUGCAAUAUGAAAAUUCUACACUUUGAUAUAAAGCCUCAUAACAUCCUUCUUGAUGAAAAUUUCAAUCCAAAAGUUUCUGAUUUUGGACUAGCCAGGCUUUCUCCUACAGAUAAAAGCAUUGUGUCAUUAACUGCAGCAAGAGGAACCAUCGGAUAUAUGGCCCCUGAAUUAUUCUAUAGAAAUGUCGGCACAAUAUCUCACAAAGCUGAUGUAUAUAGCUUUGGGAUGUUGUUAAUGGAGAUGGCAAGCAGAAGGAAGAAUUUGAAUGCAUUGGCUGAUCAAUCUAGUGAAAUUUAUUUCCCUUUUUGGAUUUAUGAUCGAUUACAUGAUGGAAGGGAAGUAACUAUUGAAAAUGACACAGAUCAGGAAAUGAAAUUGGCAAAGAAAAUGAUGAUUGUAGCUUUGUGGUGUAUACAAACAAAACCAGAGGAUCGUCCUUCAAUGGAAAAAGUUUUGGAGAUGCUUGAAGAAGAAGAUGGAGACUUGCAAAUUCCUAAUAAGCCUUAUUUUUGUCCACAAGAUCCACCAACAGCAGAUGUUGGAGAUGAUAAUUGUAGCAAUUCAUGGACUUCUUAUGGUACAUCAGUUAGUUAUCCCAAGGGACCAACCUGAUCUCUUUCUGGUUCUUGGUUGAAUUACAUUUUAGAUAUUAUUGGUACCAAGCAUUAAUAUAAAUAUGUAGGUUUAAAUA